AACCUUCAAAUGAUGUGUCCAAAGAUUUAAAAACAAAAUCAAAACAUUCUGUGACAAUAGAUAAAUAAAAAUGAUAAAUAAGCAUAUUUUUUGUAGUGUAGUGUGAAUGAAGACGACGUGUUAAUCUAGUGGCAUUAAUUUUGUUAAUUGAAACCAAAUAAAACGCUUUAAAAUGAAAUUUAAGACAAUUUUCUUAUUGUUUUUUAUUAAAUUUAACAUUGCCAGCUCUUAUAAAGCUGUAAUUCUUUUGCAUGGAAUAAUGACUGGGUAUGAGAGCAUGGAGCUGAUAAAAGCUAGAAUAAUUGAGAAACAUCCUGGCACUGUUGUUUACAAUCUGCAAGACUUUGGAGGGUGGUCCAGUCUUGACAACAUGUGGUAUCAAGUCACCAAGUUAAGUGACAUUUUGGCCAACAUAACAUCUGACCAUCCUGAAGGGGUCCACUUCCUGGGUUAUUCUCAAGGUGCUUUGCUAGGUAGAACUUUACUACAAGCUAAUCCUAAUCACAAAGUUCAAACUUACAUAUCAUUAAGUGGGCCACAAGCCGGACAAUACGGCACACAGUUUUUACAUCUGUUUUUCCCUGGGGUGGUGCUGGAAACAGCUUAUGAGUUGUUUUAUUCAAGAGUGGGUCAACACACUUCAGUGGGUAACUAUUGGAAUGAUCCAUAUCAUCAAGCAUUGUAUUACAAUUACUCACAGUAUUUGCCUUAUGUGAACAAUGAGUUACCUUCAACAAAGAGUGAUCAGUUUAAAAAUGCCUUGACCAAGCUCAAACAACUGGUGCUGAUUGGGGGACCAGAUGAUAAUGUGAUCACCCCUUGGCAGUCUAGUCAAUUUGGAUAUUACAAUGGAAACGGAACGGUAAUUAACUUAAUAGACAGGAACAUUUAUAAAACGGACAAAAUAGGCUUAAAAACCUUAGACGAGGCUGGAAAACUUCGGAUAAUAACGGUCCCAGGAAUUAAUCAUUUUAUGUGGCAUUUGAAUGUGUCAAUUGUGGAUAAUUAUAUUUUACCAUUCUUGGAUUAAAUAAUGGUCAAACCAAAGGAAUUAAAAAAAAUACGUAUUUGUAAGACCAAAAAUUUUGUGAUAAAAGAUUUUUUAGUUUCAGUUACUUAAGACAAAAAGUGAAAUUAGUAAUGUAGUAUGUAGGGUGUAUAAAACCACUUGUUUGCUUGCUUAAGUCUCAAAAAUAUUUGCAGUAAAUAUUAUUUUAUACAUAAAAAAAUCUCUUAUCAAUGUGUGUCAAAUAAACAUAUAAAAUAUCUA